CGAUCGCUCAUAUUUAGUGUGCCGACGGAGCUCGUGUUUGUCGGAUCGGCACGCCGCGUUAAACGGCCACACAGGCAAACGGCAGUAAUAGGCCAGUUUUGAAUGCUUUUCUUCACAAAAAAUAAUUUCUUGUUUAAGUUUGUUAAUCCUGCCGGAUGCAAGCAGCUUAUUACUACUCUUAAAUCGAUGAUCCACGAGCAGAAGCAUAAGCUAGUGAUGCUGUAUAUUUCAUCAUCGCUAAACGAACACGAUCGCGUCCAAAAUGCCGUACUAGACUGAUCAACUAUACCGGUUAGCGUGUGCAGGUGCUGGAAGCAAUACAUCAUCACGUGAGUAAACGAGUCACUAAGGGCUGUGAUUAUGAAGCCCACGGGGCACGGAAGGUGUGAAAGUGGUUAAACCUUGCAACCAGUUUGCCCGAAAUCGGCUGGAAAGUGAUGAAGAGGAAGUAAAUGCGUUGCAAAAAAAUAUGGCGAACAAUGCUAGUGACCUUAAACGUGACCAUUGCCUCCGGUGGCUCACAAACACGUUGCAAAAAGCUACUAAACCACACGAUAAAGUGGUAAUUUGCUGGAAGAUUACCGGCAGCAAUGAUGCAUUACGCUGUGUUGUGUUGCUUUGUUCGAGUUACAAUGCGUGUCAAUUUUUUUAUACGCUUGCGUUUGAUUUCAACAAUUCGGAAUGUGUGCGUGAAUUUGUGUUCUAACCUGUUUGCUUUGUAUGUGAACUCAAGUUCAAAAGAGUGUAUGUAUGUGUUGUAAGUGUGGUUUACAAAUCAUUUUCAAAACAUGUUAUUCACCAAAACUGCGCAUGUGAGCCGAUGCGGGACGUCUCAUUACAGUGUUUUGUGUUGAAAAGGAAUAAAACAAGCUGAAGGUAGAAGUAAAAACAAUCGUUUGUGUGCCACUCUGUGGAACUGAAGCUGCAAACGUAAAUCGAAAAUAGAUCACACGAUGCCAAUGCCGACCGAUAGCAGGAUGCGAAACGUAACGCACGCUUCAGCCGCAAACAACCGAAAGCAUCGUAUCGUCUUACGUCUAGUGAUUGCAAGUUAGUUUCUUCUGGAAACUUUGAAUACCCUGUAAGACUGAGGACAUUCUAAUCCUGGCACCAUGGCACGGAGAACAACACACAUUCCGCUCGUGGCGAUAGUUCUUGCAUCCGUCUGUUCAAGCCUUGCCGCACCGAAGGCAGGUGGUUUGGAGCUUAUCAUACUGCACAACAACGAUAUGCACGCGCGGUUCGAGCAAACUGGAGCGUACAGCAACGACUGUCAACCGUCUGAUGUGGCCAGCAACCGUUGCUACGGAGGAUUUGCACGCGUAGCGCACAAAGUUCGCGAAUAUCGAGCAACAGAGGCGUCUGGUGGUCUUCCAGUUCUGUAUCUCAAUGCCGGCGAUACUUACACCGGGACGCCAUGGUUUUCCGUGUUCAAGGAUAACAUCACCGCUGCAUUCCUUAACAUACUGAAACCCGACGCUAUCUCCCUCGGUAAUCAUGAGUUCGAUCUGGGCGUCGAAGGAUUGGUUCCGUUCCUGAACGAGGUUGACUUUCCCGUGCUGGUCACUAAUCUUGACCUGUCAAAAACGCCUGAAAUGCAAACGAGCAGAUCGUUACAACGUUCCAUCAUUUUCACGAAGGCGGGCGUACGGAUCGGUGUGAUUGGAUAUCUGACUCCGGAAACGAAACAACUGGCCCCUAUCAACACCGUCGAGUUUCUGGAUGAAAUAGAAGAAAUCAACAAAGAGGCAACGUCACUAAAAAACCAAGGCGUCAAUAUUCUGAUCGCUCUCGGACACAGCGGGCUGGAGCGUGACAAAGAGAUCGCUGCACAGUGUCCCGACGUAGACCUCGUCAUCGGUGGCCAUUCGCACACCUUCCUCUACAGCGGUACCGCCCCGGACGUGGAAGAUCCGGCCGGCCCAUAUCCGGUGAUGGUGAAGAACGCAGCCGGAAAGGAAGUGCCCGUAGUGCAGGCGUACGCGUACACCAAAUAUCUCGGCUAUCUGCACCUGCAGUUCGACACGGAAGGUAAUCUGAUCGAGCUGGACGGAACGCCCUUACUGCUCAACGGAACAGUAGAGCGUGACUCGGACGUAUUGCAGCUGCUGGAGCUGUACCGACCGGGCAUCCUAGCACUCGACGCACAGAUCGGCCAUUCGAACGUGUUUCUCGACUCUAGUCGGUGUCGGUUCGAGGAGUGCAAUAUCGGCAACAUGAUCGCCGAUUCGCUGGUUAUAACGUAUGCGACGACACGCGAGCAGAGCAACGACGGGUUCUGGACGGAUGCUGCCAUCGGGUUCAUACAGGGCGGUGGCAUACGAGCGUCUGUCAAUGCCGGUCCGAUAACGAUGAAAGAUCUCAAGACGGUGCUUCCGUUCGGCAACGCGAUGGUGGUGACGGAUAUUACCGGGGCUCAGCUGCGUCAGAUGCUGGAGCAGAGCGUGCACAGGUACGAUGGGGUGUCCGGGUACGGGGAGUUUCUACAGAUGGCGGGCGUCAAUGUGGAAUACGAUCUGUCGCGCCCUCCGAUGCAGCGUGUGGUACAUGUGAAGGUACGGUGCGCCCGGUGCCUAGUACCUGCGUACGAGGAGCUGCAGGACGAUGGGCUCUACCGUGUCAUACUGAGCCAGUUCCUGUACGAUGGAGGCGAUGGGUACGAAAUGUUGCCCGGCUCACCGAAACAGCUGCUCACCUUCGGUGAAUAUGAAAUAACGGAAGAAUAUCUGAAGCGCUACUCGCCGAUUUAUCCAGCGAUCGAAUGGCGCAUCCGGAUGCAAGGACAACCGGACGUUACCACGACCGACGGUCCGGGGGGAGCCAGCACUACCACCAUGAUGACGACCACGACCGAGAAGGACAAUGGUGCGGGGCACACCCACAGCCUAACGAUUUCCACCGUUGGAAUGACGCUAUUGGUCACACUGCUGUCACGGCAUCUACUAUAAAAGCUGGUUUAUUAAGAUGGAAUACUUGGAUUUCAAGCAUUUUCAAGCCUUAACUUCGGUUACAGUUGUCAAGAAAAACAGUAAUCUACAUAAAUCUUGUGCAGAAGGGUUCUCCCAACUUUUAUUGAUAAGACUGUGCGUAAUCUUUUGUACUAGAUUUCAUUUAUCUUGUUGUUUUCGUACAAAAAAAACCAAGGUUAAGGAUUGAAAAUUGUUAGCAAUCGAAGUGUUCCUGGACCUUGAUUACCGGAUACGUAGAAUAGUAAGAAUUCAUCAGCACAAUCCGGGGAUGUCUAUGUAUAGUGUACAAAAGGAAAGGGUAUUUCCCAAGGGGGAAGCACACACACGAUGAUUUAAAGCACGAGUAAGCGAACAAAACCAGACACUUCUCAGACUUAUCAAACUUCUCACUUUGAGAUUGAAUUGUAAAGGUAAAGCUGUUGUAGCAUUCAGAAACAAAGUACAAAAAUAAAACAAUAUUGAAAUACAUUGCGAAUCGUGGAAGCGCAAUGAAGCAGCAUGGUAUAACAAAACCAAAGGCGUAAUGAAACCUAAUGACUCACUUAAUUGGCUCUAUCGUUUUAAGGCUUUAGCUUUACUUACAUUACCUUGCUAUACAUUCAAUCCCAAUUUAGAGUUGCGUGUAUUGUAUGAUAAAUAAACGAAUAACUCGUUUAA